AUGCAGCCUCCAACUGUGUCCUGUCUUAAUGGUUCUAAAAGCCAAGAAAUCACAUCUACCAAGCCGGCGUCAGCUCAUUGUCCAAAACCAGUCAUCAUUGGCCUUUAUGGCCUCCCUGGAUCUGGCAAAUCGUUUUUGCUGAAUAUUCUCAAAUGUGGCUUGAGUCAUGCCGAUUUUUCCUUCUAUGAUGGCAGCCAGGUCAUUGCAGCGGGCACGCCUGGGGGUCUUGAGGCAUUCCAGAACUUGAACGAAGAUGCCAAAGAAAGGGUUCGCGAGAGUGCGAUUGGAAGAGUCAAGCAAGAGAGUUCCCAGAGUGGGAAAGGUGCUUUAGUCACUGGACAUGCCAUGUUUUGGGCUGAAGAAGAAAGUGCCGGUCAACUGGUGUGCACACCAGCUGAUCUAGACACCUACACUCACAUUUUAUAUCUCGAUGUGCCGGCUGAGAAAAUCGCAGAGUAUCGAUCAAGUGACCAGAAACGAAGCCGUCCAGCGGUGUCAACUACUCACUUGCUCAAAUGGCAGCAAGAGGAGAAAAAACAACUGCGUCACCUUUGCAGGUCUCACGACAUCAUUUUCACGACCAUUACCCAACGCCAGGUAUCCAUGGGGAAAAUUGUACCUCUAAUUCGGGAUCUAAGAAGCCAUACAGACGACUUGAAUGACAUACUGGCCCAGCAACGCAUGGAUGACUUCAUAAUGACCGGAUCCGAGCGGCCGGAGACCGUGUUGGUUUUUGACGCCGACAAGACACUAGCACCACAGGAUAGUGGUGAAUUGUUUUGGGAGCUGGCUUCUCCAUCUUUGGUUGAGAAGGACGAGAGAUUUCCCUUGAAGACUCUAUUUAGCAGCCCUUUGCAUUACUCAUAUACUGCCUUCCGUCAAGCGGCCUUACUCUGCGAAGAAGUCAUCGGCGACAAUGAAGAAUAUGACGAUCUCUGCGAGAAAGUGGCCUCCAUGGUCAAUGUUCGUUCUGAAAUUUUGGAUCUUUUGCACCUGGUGUCAGGUCAUACCCAUGUCCGUGCGCUGGUGUUGACUUGUGGGCUUCGCAGAGUCUGGGAAAAGGUUCUGAAGAGGGAGGGUCUGGCGAAAACAGUCAUAAUUAUUGGCGGGGGGCGCUUGUCCGACGCUCUUGUUAUGACACCCGCACUAAAAGCGGCACUUGUGAGACGUUUGCGUGAUGUGCACGACUCUUAUGUUUGGGCCUUUGGUGAUAGUCCACUGGAUCUGGAAAUGCUCCAAGCGGCCAACCAAGCAAUUGUUGUGACGGGCGACAAAAAAUUGAGAAGUGGUAGCAUGGACGAGGCUUUGACAAAAUCUAUCGGAAAAUCCGGGUUUCGGCCGCGCCAGGCUGUGCUCCCGGCAACUGCAACCGCUCGCCUUGAUGCGUCUCAGCUGCCUUUGGUACAACUGACGGAUCAAUUUUUUGUUGAGUCGAUAUUUGUCCGACGCCAAAGUCUUCAUGUUCUUCAUGCUACUGAUCGUUCUGCGGCCAAAUUGCUUAUGACGCCAAUGCGUGAUGCAAAUGUUUCUGGGCCAGCGCUACGGGAUGCACAUUCCCUAGUUGGAUGGUAUCUUGCCACCGAGUUCUGUACGCAGAUCCUAGGCGUUGAGACAUACCAUGUGACACAUGUUCAAGGUCACCAAACAGAUGGUUACCGGAUUCUCAGAGAGAAAGAGACCUUGAUUGUGCCUCUGAUGCGAGGUGGUGAACCAAUGGCAUUGGGCGUGAACAGGGCUUUGCCACUUGCCAUGUUUGUUCAUGCAAAAAACCCAAGCGACAUUCAGCAUGAGCAUCUUCAGGAUCGAGUGACAAUCUUCCUUGUUGACUCGGUGGUCAACACCGGCCAGUCAAUUUUGGAGUUCGUGCGACACAUUCGACAACUUAAUGCUUCUAUCCGCAUUGUUGUGGUCGCUGGUGUCAUCCAGGCUAAAUCGGUUUCUACUAGCAGAGUUGCGCAAGAGCUCUCGCGAUUCCGGCGUUUAUCUUUCGUUGCUCUCCGCCUGUCGGAUAAUCAGUUCACUGGCAAAGGGAGCACUGAUACUGGACAUAGACUGUUCAACACCGUGCACCUUGAUUAG